AUGAUGCCUCUGGUAAAAGGCUCACCUCUGCUUCUGUUUGUUGCGUUGUUAUUGAUGGCGAGCUGCCUCAGCAUUGAAGGUUGUGAUGAAACUUCAGGAAACUGCUCCCAGGAAACUGGUUUCUUCUUUGGUAACUCCACAAAUGUCACUAAUUUUGCUUAUGGAAUAACUGCAAACAUGGCUGCUGUGGUGCUGUAUGGAAGCACCUUUGUUCCAGUCAAACGAAUAGAGACAGGGGAUGGCAUGUUCUAUCAUUUUGUGAGCUGUGCAUCUAUAUGGGUUGUAUCUCUUCUCGGAGACCUCUUUAUGCGAACACCGAAAUUUCAUCCUCUUGCGAUGUUUGGAGGUGUUCUCUGGUCUACAGGAAGUGUAGCAGCUGUCACCAUUGUUAAAGCAAUUGGCCUUGGUCUUGGAAUUUUAAUAUGGGGAUCAGCUAGUCUGUUGAUGGGCUGGGCCAGUUCAAGAUUUGGGUGGUUUGGGAUUGAUGCUCAGGAUGUUUCCAGACCACUUCUGAAUUACUGCGGUGCUGCUUUGUGUCUGCUUAGUGGUCUGGUUUUUUUCUUUGUGAGAAGUGAUGUAGAACUUCAUCCAGAGUCAGAAACCGUCCCUUUACUAAUUGACAGGAGAUCCAUUUCUGGCAGUUUUGUACAACAAUCUUCUGCAUACUGGAUCGACAGAGUUGGACCAAAGGCGAGGCGAAUCAUUGGUUGCCUGCUUGCUGUUAUGACUGGUUUGCUGUUUGGCUCUUCAUUUGUACCUGUUCUCUACAUAAAGAACCAUUCAGUGUGCCCGGACAGCAUUUUCUAUGGAGCCACUGUCAAUGACCUGGAUUAUGUACAUGCACAGACCUCUGGUGUUUUCCUUGCAAGUGCGGUGUACUUUACCAUUUACUGUGCAGUGAUGAAAAACAAGCCCAGGGUUUACCCCAGAGCCAUCCUACCAGGGUUUCUCUCUGGGUUGAUGUGGACGGUUGGUACGUACUGCUGGUUCCUGGCUAACCGCUACUUGACAGCUGUUGUCACCUUUCCAAUUGUUACUGCAGGCUAUGGUCUGGUUGCAGCACUGUGGGGGUCCUUGGUUUUCAGAGAGAUUAAGGGUUUGGUUAAUGGCAUAAUCUUCUUCUUUGCAUCUUGUGUUGUGCUGGCUGGCUCUAUGCUGACUGCCAUUUCAAAGCUCUGA